AUCCUUCUAAUAGUAAAGGAUCUUUCAAGGAAAAACCUCUCCUAUGUAAAUUUGAUUUUUCUAGUAGUAGCUAUUUAUUCUUAAGGCUACUAACCUAACUUUUCACCCUUACCUUCCAAUAAGUGAACCAUGCACCCCUUGUUCUCACUAUAUAUGGUUCUCAGUUUCUCACUAUAUAUAAACAAUAUAUAUAUUACACCACUUUUUUUUUCAUAAUUAAGUUUUGAUAUAUUAACAAUAUAUUAAUGAGGAAGGAAACUGGAGUGCUUGUUGUUUGUUCCCUCACAUUUAUAUUCAUUCUACGAUACUCCCUUCAACCAUCAGAGGAGAAAGUCAAUCACUACGACAAGUCUUGCCUGAGUAGGUAUGAAUCAAGAGGGUAUCGUAAACAAUCACUGCAUAAACCUUCGUCUUAUCUAAUUUCCAGAUUAAGAGAAUACGAAGCACUUCACACCCGAUGUGGACCGCAAUCAGAAGCCUACAAGAAAAAGAUAAGAGAAUUAGAGUCCAGUGGCAUGAACAAUCAUGACGAUGAAUCCUCAGAUUGUAAAUAUCUGGUGAGGAUACUAAUUGAUGGACUUGGAAACAGAAUGCUGAGCCUAGCAUCGGCAUUUCUUUAUGCUCUUCUCACAAACAGGGUCCUUCUGAUAUAUGACAAUAAAAUCAACAUGUCUGAUCUCUUCUGUGAGCCUUUUCCUGAAACCACAUGGUUACUUCCACAAGAAUUUCCUAUAUGGAAACAGCUUGACACUUUGAAUCAGACAUCGCCAGAAAGCUAUGGCAACAUUUUGAAUCUUUCAGAAAGUUAUGCGUCGUUAUCAUUUCUAUAUCUUCAUGUGUGCAGUGGCUAUAAUGAUUAUGAUAAACGUUUCUAUUGUGAUCAAGAUCAAAGACACCUAGGAAAAAUCUCUUGGUUAAUCAUGAAAUCAAAUUUCUACUUCAUCCCGUCUCUGUUCUUGAUCCCAUCGUUUGAGCAAGAACUAGCCAAACUCUUCCCGGUAAAAGAUACAGUUUUCCAUUUCCUGGGUAGGUACCUGUUCUUGCCCUCUAAUCCUGUCUGGGAUCAUAUAACCACAUACUAUCAAGCUUACCUAGCAAAAGCAGAUGAAAUAAUCGGCAUCCAGAUCAGAGUUUUUGAUCGCGAGUGGGUCAGGAUAAUGCUUAACACUAGAUGGGAAUACAAUGCCAUACCAGAGACGGUAUUAUCUUGUGCUUUGGAAAAUAAGAUGCUUCCCGAAAUCAGUAAUAACAAAUCUUCAAUGAUCCCCCCUCAAGGAACCCAUAAGUCUAUAGCAGUUAUAGUUACAUCUUUAACAUCUGAUUAUUUUGAGAAAAUACAAAAAGUAUACUGGAACCAUUCAACUGUUGAUGGAACUGUGAUUAAGAUUUUUCACCCAAGUUCGGAAGGGAAACAGAAAAACGAGGAAAAGUGGCAUAAUAUGAAAGCAUGGGUAGAGAUGUACUUACUGAGCUUGAGCGAUAAACUGAUCACGAGUCCCGGGUCAACGUUUGGUUAUGUAGCUCAAGGUCUUGGGGGAUUGACGCCAUGGAUAUUACACAUGCCUGAUAAUGAAGCAGUGCAAAAUCCUCCUUGUACUCGAGCCAUGUCCAUGGAACCUUGCUUUCAUGUUCGUCCUAGCUAUAAUGCUGGUUGUGAUAAACGAUCUAGGACUAACCCUUCUCCCAUAAGACGCUGUGAGGACAUAACCUUUGGUGUUAAACUCGUUGACCCUAGCCACUUAUUUUUUAAUUAACUAUCCUAAUCAUUAUGAUUUUAACCCCAAUUGAGGCUAUUUAUUUAUUUAUUUUCAGAUAUGUUAAUUUCAAGAUACCUAUUUUUGUAGAAAUUAAUGUGAAAGAAAAUUAAAAAACAAACUGUUGAAAAGUCCAAUUCCCUCUCCACUAAUUUCAUUAUCUUCAUUUAGUAUACAUACAACUAAUUUAAAACAUAGAUCUGUCAGACUCUUAAAACAACUACAUCACCUUCUUUUAUAUCAAUAAUCUUUACUUUAUUAACCUCACCGCCGAUUGCUACUCGCAAUCGUCGCCAUCAGCAUUGCCAUCAGUUUAUCAUCCCUCAAGGAGAUCACCAUAAGUUUAUAGCCGUUCUAGCGACAUCUUUGUCAUCGGAUUAUUUUUGAGAAAGUAGAAAAAGUAUAGUCGAAACACUGAACGUGUGAUGGAAGCUGACGAUGCCCACUACCGGUGUUGUAAAGUCAACGGGCCACGGUCAAGAAUAAAGAAAGUGGAAAAUGGAAUGGAAUGAAUGGAAAGUCAAAACCUAACCAAAUACAAAAGUAUAUGACAAGUAUGACUCGAGUGUCGACAAGAAGAUGGUGAAUUAAAAACUUAAGUGAGCUAUUUAAAUUUUGGGAUAGAUUUUGUUAAAUUAACAGAAACUUUGAAAUAUUUGUUUGGGAUAAGUAUCCUGGAAUGUAACAAACUUUGGACGAAUGUCUAUAGUAGGAAAUAACUAAAGUUUUGUG